AUAUGGGCGCAAUUGAAAUUCCCUGGGAGUUACACAUUUGUGUGAUUAAGCCUGAUUUUAUCUUAGAAAAUUAAUUGUAAAUUAAAUUAAUCAGAAUAUCGUCUCACUAGUUCUAAAUAGGCUUAAUUAGUUCAGCCUAGGUACUAUCAAAUGAUAGGAUGGACCAUGAUAAUGACAUGAAGGGCAAUUUAGAUACACUUCAACCUAAAAGUGAUGUACAAUUGUUUUGUGGCCUUUGGGUACCCUGGCAAAUCCAACUGUUUGGAAGGAAAGGAUGGUAAGUUGGAAUUGGGUACUCUCUCUCAGCUAAGAAACCCAUUUAAAGAAAGGAAAAGAUUGUUGCUCUUUAAGACCUUCACACUUCCAGCCCCAAGAACCAAAAAGAAAACCAGAACUAAUAAAGUACGCAUAUCUUACUUUUCAUGCUACUCAUCCCUCGACACCAACCUCUCUCCAAGAAUGAGCCAAGCUUCCCUUUAUAUUCAUCUGAGCUAUGAUAGCUCUAUGCCAAGUGUUCACCAAACCAAAGUUUAAUUACUUCUUGCUAAUCAAGCUAUGUCGACCAGCAACAACAAUGGCGUCUCUAAGCACAAUCCUUCAGUAGCUAAGCGCCUUCCGACGCCAGGAAUGGCCACAAUCCUUGCCAUGGGCAAAGCCUUCCCUAGCCAACUCAUUCCCCAGGAAUGCUUGGUGGAGGGCUACAUUCGUGACACAAAGUGCGACGACUUGGCUAUUAAGGAGAAAUUGGAGCGUUUGUGUAAAACCACUACUGUGAAGACAAGGUACACAGUCAUGUCGAAGGAAAUAUUGGACAAGUAUCCAGAGCUAGCAACGGAAGGGUCGCCAACGAUCAAGCAGAGGCUCGACAUAGCCAACCCGGCAGUGGUGGAGAUGGCAAUGGAAGCAAGCCAAGCUUGCAUCAAGGAAUGGGGAAGGCCAGUAGGAGACAUCACCCACAUUGUCUACGUUUCCUCGAGUGAGAUCCGCUUGCCUGGCGGUGACCUCUACCUUGCAAGCCAGCUCGGGCUGAGGAACGACGUUGGCCGCGUAAUGCUCUACUUCCUGGGCUGCUAUGGAGGUGUCACUGGCCUCAGAGUCGCCAAGGACAUAGCUGAGAACAACCCGGGAAGCCGGGUUCUCCUAACAACUUCCGAAACCACCAUCCUUGGCUUUAGGCCACCAAACAAUGCCCGGCCUUAUGACCUGGUGGGGGCUGCUCUCUUCGGUGAUGGUGCUGGUGCUGUGAUCAUUGGCUCUGAUCCGAUAACCGGGACGGAAUCGCCCUUCAUGGAGCUGAACUACGCAGUCCAGCAGUUCCUCCCCGGGACACAGAAUGUGAUCGAUGGACGGAUUUCGGAAGAGGGUAUCAAUUUCAAGCUGGGGAGAGACCUCCCACAGAAGAUCGAGGACAACAUAGAGGAGUUCUGCAAGAAGCUGAUGGCAAAGGGUGGUUUGAAGGAGUUCAAUGACAUGUUUUGGGCGGUUCAUCCGGGUGGACCGGCGAUUCUGAACCGGUUGGAGAAGAAACUGGAGCUGAAAACAGAGAAACUGGAGUGCAGUAGGAGGGCAUUGAUGGACUUUGGGAAUGUGAGCAGCAACACCAUCUUCUAUGUGAUGGAAUAUAUGAGGGAGAAGUUGAAGAAAGAGGGUGGUGAAGGUGAAGAAUGGGGACUUGCUUUGGCAUUUGGACCUGGGAUUACUUUUGAAGGCAUUCUCAUUCGUAGCCUAAUUUAGAUUGAAGCAAUGUUGCAUUUGAUGUUAGUGAAAGAAGUGGGGUUAAAGAAAUUUAUGCUAUGACAAAGCUUUGAACUUUUCUGCAAUGAAGAAAGCAUUAUUAUAUACCUAGUUUCUGGUUUUAACCUUUUUUUUAUAUUUUAUUUUUCAUUUAAAUACUAGCUUGAGCAAGGAAAUGCAAAAGUUACACCAUUUUUUUUUUUUUUUUCCUUUUAUUUAUGUUUUCUGAUUAUUCUUUUAACCUAUAUCAUUAAGAUAAUUCAUACGUGUGAAUGGGUGAUGAAAUUAAUGGGAGGACAAGCUUACAAGCAUCAAAUAGUUCAGGGGUUUUUUUUUUUUUUUUUUUUUUUUUGGUAAAUUACACUUACCUUUCUUGAUGUUUGGACAAAUCUCAUAUGGGUAGAAAGUUAAAAUUUAUUACUCUGACUUCCCUUAAGAUUAUAAAAAGUUAAUUAUACCUUUAUAUGUAAUAUAUUUUUAUAAUAAAAAAUAUAAAAUCUAAAGAAAUUAAUUUUCUUUCUCAUCUCUCUUGUUACUUUCUCUCUCCUCUCCACCACCGUUACCCCUCCUAAAAAAAAUAUUGUAAAUAAAAAAAAAAAAGUGUAAGGGCAACUUGAUCAUUUUAUAAAUAUUUUUUAUAAAUUUUGAUAGAAAGAGGAUUGUUGAGCAUACACCCAGAGCUCAAGGGAGGUCAAAGCAAUAAUCCUGAAAUGACUUGUGUCAGGUGUAAUUUACCUUUUUUUUUUCUUUUUUCUUUGGCACUUUAUGGACUAAGGCGGCUAA